AUGUUCGUCUACAAACGCGAUGGCCGCAAGGAGCGCGUGCAAUUCGACAAGAUCACAGCUCGUGUGUCAAGACUCUGUUAUGGUCUUGACCCCGAACAUGUCGACUCCGCUGCCAUCACGAUGAAGGUCAUUUCUGGUGUCUACCAGGGUGUUACCACCAUUCAGCUCGACGAUUUGGCCGCCGAGACGGCCGCAUACAUGACCGUCACCCACCCCGACUACGCCAUCCUCGCAGCACGUAUCGCCGUCUCCAACCUCCACAAGCAGACCAAGAAGCAGUUCUCCGCUGUCGUCUCGGAUCUAUACCACUACAUCAACCCAAAAACCAACAAGGCCGCGCCCAUGAUCUCAGACGAGACAUAUGCGACCGUCAUGAAGCACGCGGACGAGCUCAACAGCGCCAUCGUUUACGACCGUGACUUCAACUACCAAUACUUCGGAUUCAAGACGCUGGAGAGGUCAUACCUUUUGAGGAUCAACGGCAAGGUUGCCGAGAGACCACAACAGAUGAUCAUGCGUGUGGCUGUGGGAAUCCACGGCGAGGACAUUGAGUCUGCCAUUGAGACCUACAACUACAUGUCGAACAAGUACUUCACACAUGCGUCGCCUACGCUGUUCAGCGCCGGAACACCCAACGCUCAACUGGCAUCCUGCUUCCUCAUCGACAUGAAGGAUGACAGCAUUGACGGCAUCUACGACACAUUGAAGACCUGCGCCAUGAUCUCCAAGAACGCCGGAGGCAUUGGGCUCAACGUCCACAGAAUUCGCGCAACCGGAGCAUACAUCAGCGGCACAAACGGAACAUCCAACGGUCUCGUACCCAUGCUGCGUGUGUUUAACAACACCGCUCGCUAUGUCGACCAGGGCGGCAACAAGCGACCUGGUGCCUUUGCCAUGUACAUCGAGCCAUGGCACGCAGAUGUCUUUUCCUUCUUGGAUCUCCGCAAGAAUCACGGAAAGGAGGAGGUUCGUGCCCGCGAUCUGUUCUACGGUCUCUGGGUGCCAGAUCUGUUCAUGAAGCGUGUUGAGCAGAACACCACUUGGACUUUGAUGUGCCCUCACGAGUGCCCUGGUCUGGCUGAUGUCUACGGCGCGGAAUUCGAGGAGCUGUACGAGCGAUACGAGCGUGAGGGCAAGGGUCGUGAGACCGUCCGCGCUCAGAAGCUGUGGUAUGCCAUCCUCGAGGCCCAGACCGAGACUGGCACCCCAUACAUCCUCUACAAGGACGCUGCGAACAGCAAGAGCAACCAGAAGAACUUGGGAACCAUUCGCAGCUCAAACCUCUGCACUGAGAUCAUCGAGUACACUGCCCCAGAUGAGGUCGCCGUGUGCAACCUUGCAUCUCUCGCCCUCCCCACCUAUGUCGACAUUGAGAACGAGCGUUUCGACUUCGAGAAGCUCCACCAGGUUACCCAGACGGUCACCAAGAACUUGAACAAGAUCAUCGAGGUCAACCACUACCCAGUGCCAGAGGCUCGCAAGAGCAACUUCCGUCACCGUCCCAUCGGUCUCGGUGUCAACGGUCUUGCUGAUGCUUUCUUGGCUCUGCGCAUGCCUUUCGACUCUCCUGAGGCUCGCCAGCUCAACAUCCAGAUCUUCGAGACCAUCUACCACGCUGCUCUCACCGCUUCAUGCGAUCUCGCUGCCAAGCUUGGACCAUACGAGACAUAUGAGGGCUCUCCCGUCUCCAAGGGCGAGCUUCAGUACGAUAUGUGGGGUGUGACUCCUACUGAUCUCUGGGACUGGGCCGCACUCAAGGCCAAGAUCGCCGAGCAUGGUGUCCGCAACUCGCUCCUCGUCGCUCCCAUGCCAACUGCUUCCACCUCGCAGAUCAUGGGCUUCAACGAGUGCUUCGAGCCAUACACCAGCAACAUCUACUCCCGUCGUGUGCUCGCUGGUGAGUUCCAGGUUGUCAACCCGUGGUUGCUAAAGGACUUGGUCGAGCGUGGCCUCUGGUCAGACAACAUGAAGAACCGCAUCAUCGCCGAUGGUGGUUCCAUCCAGCGCAUUCCAAACAUUCCCGAUGACCUCAAGGCUCUGUACAAGACCGUCUGGGAGAUUAGCCAGCGCCACAUCGUCCAGAUGUCCGCUGACCGUGGUGCUUUCAUCGAUCAGUCUCAGAGCCUGAACAUCCACAUGAAGGAGCCCACCAUGGGCAAGAUCACCAGCAUGCACUUCGCCGGCUGGAAGCUCGGCCUGAAGACUGGCAUGUACUAUCUUCGCACCAUGGCGGCGUCUGCGCCCAUUCAGUUCACCGUCGACCAGGAGAUGCUCAAGGUCGCCGACACGAACCUUGGCAAAUCGUCUAAGAAGCGAAACGCUUCAAGCACAUACACCGCCGUCAGCGCUGCGAAGCCCGCUGCCGCCCUCGCCGCACCCAAGCCGAUGUACGAGAACAAGGAGCUCAAGGCUCCGUCCGUUCCAGAGGAUGUCGUCACACCUGCAACGACUCCUCCGCCUCAACCUGAGAAGCAGAAGAGGACCUUCGGCCGCACAUCAUCAGCUGUCGUCAACCCUCCCUUCCCAGCCGAUCAGGAUGAGGGCGAGAGCCCCGAAGUUCUCGCUGUCGAUGGCACAAAGGCUGUUCCCAAGGAAGAGGCGCUUCCCGAGCCCGCUCUCGCCGGCGAGAAGAAGACCGAUCAAGAGGAGGACGGUGAAGCCAGCGCUGACCGUGAGGGUGACAUCUACGCCGAAGCCGUCCUGGCUUGCAGCAUAGAGAACCCAGAGUCAUGCAUCAUGUGCAGCGGUUGAUCGUGAUCACGAGUUUGGAUGUAAUGAGGAGGCUUUCCUUUGUCGCUGGGCAUGUAAAUGGCGUUAAUGACGGAAACGGGACCAUGUUGGACAGAUGGGAUCUCGACACGGCGUUGUCGGAGAAGUUUGCUUUGCUGUUUCUAUUUGAAGUGCCGCUAAUCGUGGACUUGCUGCGUACUGUACAAGGAGUGUUUAUCAAUCGAUUGUGUUCA